AUGGUUUCUGAUUCUGAAUCUGAAUGUGAACAUUCAGAUGGUAUUGAAUCAGCUAUAUCAUCUCCAACAUCAAUUGCAACAACAGUAACAACAACAGCAGCUCUUAAUCUUAAAUCUUUAUUAAAAACUCCAACAACACCAAAAAAUUUAACAAGACGUGUUAUGUUUGAUCCAUUAGCACUUCUUCUUGAUGCUGCUGUUAUUGGAGAACUUGAACUUGUUGUAAAAGCAGCAAAAGAGGUUGAAAAUCCCAGUCAACCAAAUGAUGAAGGUCUAACAGCGUUACAUAAUGCUGUAUGCGCAUCAAAUUUUGAUUGUGUCAAAUUUCUAGUUGAAUUUGGUUGUGAUAUUAAUUUUGCUGAUAAUGAUGGAUGGACACCAUUACAUUGUGCUGCAUCAUGUAAUAAUACACCUAUGGUUCAAUUUUUAGUUGAACAUGGUGCUUGUAUUUAUGCAACAACUAUUCGAGAUAAUGAAACAGCAGCAGAAAAAUGUGAAGAAGAAGAAGAAAAUUAUGCGACAUGUUCACAAUAUCUUUUAUUUGUACAAAAUGAUUUGGGCGUUAUCAAUAAUGGUUUAGUUUAUUCUUUGUAUGAUUAUGAACCAAGUAAUUCGUUAGAUGAGACAAUGAACAAUGAACUUACAUUCAAGGAUGGUGAUCAAUUAAGAAUAUUAAGACGUGGUGAUGAAAAUGAAAGUGAAUGGUGGUGGGCUAAACAUGAAACAAGCCAACACGAAGGAUAUAUACCACGAAAUUAUCUUGGCCUCUAUCCACGAGUACGACCAGGUUCAAUGGCUUCCACUAGUUGUUAG